CCCCGGCUCCGCAUCGCCGCGGCCGGAGCACACGCCGCCGGUGCCGGUGCUCGGCCGAGGAUGCUCCCGGGCUUUUGUUCCCGGCGGCAGCCUUUGGGAGGACUCUCGUCCUGAUUCGGUGAAGGUUCCUUCUCCCUCUGCCCCCACCCCUCACCCCUCCUCGGCGAGGCAGCCCACCCAGGAGGGCUUUAACAACAGCCCUCUCCCCCGUGCGGGUGUGAAGUUGCUGACAUGACUGCUGCUGGGUCCCGGUGCACCAGCAGCGGUGGGGAGCCGGACUUCAAGGGGAAUUGUGCUGCAGACAAUGCACAGCAGCAGCAUCUGGAGCAGCCCUGGGGACUGGAGCUCCGGUUUUGACAUUGCUACACACAGCACCAGCCGCAAUGACAGCAGCUGCCUGGAGUGGCUGCAGGCAGCAGGCAGGAGCAUGAAGUGAAGAGAUCACUGCAGUGCUCAAGAUGAACUCCUCUUUAGUUGGCAACCAGAGUGGCCGGCCCUUCUGUCUCCUGGCCAUCAGCUAUUUGGAGACCAUAAAUUUUUGCCUCCUGGAAGUGGUUAUUAUAGUAUUCCUCAUGGUGCUGAUUAUUUCGGGCAACAUUAUUGUGAUAUUUGUCUUUCACUGUGCACCUCUGCUGAACCACCACACCACCAGCUACUUCAUCCAGACUAUGGCAUAUGCUGACCUCCUGGUGGGUGUGAGCUGUCUGGUGCCUUCUUUGUCUCUGCUGCACUACCCUAUUGUUUUAAGUGAGUCCUUGGUUUGCCAAAUCUUUGGUUACGUGGUAUCGGUGCUGAAGAGCGUCUCCAUGGCCUCUCUGGCAUGCAUCAGCAUUGACAGAUACAUUGCCAUCACCAAGCCACUGACCUACAACACGCUGGUGACCCCAUGGAGGCUUCGCAUCUGCAUACUCAUCAUUUGGCUGUACUCCUGCCUUGUCUUCUUACCCUCCUUCCACUGGGGAAAGCCUGGAUACCACGGGGAUGUGUUUCAGUGGUGUGCCAAUUCCUGGAACACCGAUCCCUACUUCACUCUCUUCAUCGUGGUGAUGCUCUAUGCCCCAGCAGCUUUCAUCGUCUGCUUCACUUACUUCAACAUCUUCCGCAUCUGCCAGCAGCACACCAAGGAGAUCAACGAGAGGCGAGUGCGCUUCAGCUCCCAGGAUGGGGAGGCUGGGGAGGCACAGCCCUGCCCGGACAAGCGCUACGCCAUGGUUCUUUUCCGCAUCACCAGUGUCUUCUACAUCCUCUGGUUGCCCUACAUAAUCUAUUUUCUGCUGGAGAGCUCCAAUGUCUAUAGUAACCGCGUCGCGUCCUUCUUGACCACUUGGCUUGCCAUUAGCAACAGUUUCUGCAACUGUGUCAUUUACAGUCUCUCCAACAGUGUCUUUCAGAAGGGGCUUAAGCGUCUCUCGGGGGCUAUUUGUGCCUCUUGUGCUAGACAGAGGGUAGCUAAGGACUCCUCUACUUCUAGGAGCAAAAGAUCUUCCAAUGGAUGUCAUGUCUAAGACACCUAUCAGCUGGACUGGGAAGUGCAGGGACGAUUCCGUAAAUUGCAAAAUAAGUUAAAUGGGAUUUUAAGAUGUCCAGAUGUGCAAAAAGGUUUCUGAGAAAUGCUGCUGACAUAGAAGAAUCAGGAGCACAUAUC